UAUGGACGCCUCAGUGUAACUUACCCUCGUUUCCCUCCCUCGAUGAAGUCACCAGGCUUAUACAGCAGAAGAAGGGCAAUUGCGUCCCGGUCUUCGUCCGCAUACCGGCCGACCUUAUAACCCCCUCCAUGGCGUAUUUACGCUUAUCUCGCGACUCAAAAUAUAGUUUCUUACUGGAGAGUGUGAUCGGAGGGGAGAACGUCGGGAGAUACAGUUUUGUGGGCACUGACCCUUUCAAAGUUGUCAAGACGGGCCCAGGAUACGACUAUGAAGGAGACCCUCUGACAGUGUUGGAGAAAGAGCUUCAAAUAUACCAAUACGUCAAAAUCCCUGAAAUUCCGACUUUCACUGGGGGUGCCAUUGGGUUUGUAUCCUACGAUUGCGUUCAGUACUUCGAGCCGAAGACUGCUCGGCCUCUGAGGGACAUCCUUGAAAUCCCCGAGGCAAUCUUCAUGUUCUGCGAUACCAUUGUCGUCUUCGACCAUAUAUUUCAGAACGUAAAAAUUGUGUCACACGUUUUCGCUCCCAGCGCCUCGGCAGGUCCUCCCCCAGACAUAUCGUUUAUUUAUGCUAGUGCCGUUCACAAAGCCAAGCGUAUUGCCAAGAUUUUAUUCGCACCCGGCCCAACACCUCUUGUCAAUCAACCCCUUGUGCCUCCAGCUUCACAACGUCCUAAAGCGGUAUCCAAUGUUGGAAAGGAGGGCUAUGAAGGGUUCGUUACCAAGUUGAAAGAACAUAUCAUCAAGGGCGAUAUCAUCCAAGCUGUGCCUUCUCAGCGUUUGGCUAAACCCACCGUUUUACAUCCGUUCAAUGCGUACAGGCGUCUUCGUCAGGUCAACCCUAGCCCUUAUUUGUUCUAUGUGGAUUGUGGGGAGAUUCAAAUUGUCGGUGCUAGCCCGGAGACACUUUGUAGGGUGGAGAACAACAAGGUAUACAAUCACGCUAUCGCUGGAACCGUUAGGAGAGGGAAGAACCCGGAAGAGGAUGAGAAGCUUGGUCAACAACUUCUAGCGUCGGAGAAAGAUCGUGCCGAGCACAUCAUGCUGGUCGAUCUUGCUCGGAAUGAUGUUAAUCGAGUUUGCCAACCUGCCACCGUCAAAGUUGACAGUCUGAUGAAUGUCGAGAAAUUCAGCCAUGUUAUGCAUCUGACCAGUCAAGUGUCUGGUCAACUCCGAGAGGGUAUGACGCAUUUCGAUCAAUUUUUCCCGCCGGAACUGUUUCGGGCGCUCCCAAGAUCAAGGCUAUUGAGCUCGUAGCGGAGCUUGAAAAGGAGAAAAGAGGCGUCUAUGCUGGUGCUGUCGGACGAUUCGAUUUUGCCAGUGAUGAGGUGGACGUGUGUAUCGCCAUCAGGACAAUGGUCUUCAAGGAUGGAAUCGUCUAUUUCCAAGCGGGGGAGGAAUUGUUUUCGAUAGUGUGGAGGAAGACGAAUAUAUAGAAACUAUUAACAAGCUUUCGGCUAACAUGCGUGCGGUCGAGGAAGCAGAAGGUGA